GGAAUGUAAGUGGCAGACAUUUGAGGCUGUGGUGGCAGCUGCAGAGAGAUUACACAAUUAGACCUUAACCUCGCCAAUACUGAUCAUGAAGAGAAGUCGACAUCCAAGCAGCAGCGAAGACUCUGACAAUGGAAGAAGGCUCAGGAGAUUGACCAGAAAGACACGGCCAGAGAGCAGAGAGGCAGAGGGUCUCCAGACCAGGCAGAGAGAGAGUAGUGCCAGACAGCGCUACUGGACAUUUAAAGAUGUCUUGGCAGGUAACUCCACUUCCUGGUCGCAACAUUCUAAACUCAGGAGAACCAAUGGGAUGAAGCCCGCAGAGGUGUUCAGGACAGACUUCAUCACGGCCAUGAAGCUCCAUGACACGUACCAACUGAACCCUGAGGAUUAUUACGUCCUGGCCGACCCCUGGAGACAGGAGUGGGAGAAGGGAGUCCAGGUCCCUGUCAGCCCUCACAUCAUUCCCCAGACUGUAGCCCGGGUGGUGGCUGAAAGGGGGACGGAGGUGAUGUUCUUGAAGCCCAAGAAGUGGAUCCGUUCUGGGGGUUCAGAGGACAUCCAGACCCUGGCUGAGGGGACGUGUCGUUACGACCUCAACGACACUGACGUGGCCUGGCUGGAGCUCAUCAACCAGCAGUUUACUCUGAUGGGCAUGGCUGUACUGGAUGAGACCACCAUGGAGAGAGCGAUGGAGGAGUUCGAGCGGCGUUGCUAUGACAGAAUGAGACAUCCCGUGGCAACGGAGGAGGGGUUUGGCAUGGAGUACGACGAAGACGUGGUGUGUGACGUGUGUCGGUCACCUGACGGCGAGGACAACAAUGAGAUGGUGUUCUGUGACAAGUGCAACAUCUGUGUUCACCAGGGGUGUUAUGGGAUUCUGAAGGUACCAAAAGGGAGCAGGCUGUGUCAGACCUGUGCUCUGUGGAUCCCCGAGGUGACAACCCCUAACCCUAACCCUGUCUGGGUCUGUAUGUUCCAGGGGAGUUAUGGGAUUCUGAAGGUACCAAAAGGGAGCAGGCUGUGUCAGACCUGUGCUCUGUGGAUCCCCGAGUGUUCAGCUGAAAGCUGUCGGACAGCGUUCCAUGUGAGCUGUGCCUUAGACAGCAGUCUGGAGAUGAACACCAUCAUCAAAGAGCAGGAUGAGGUCAAGUUCAACUCCUUCUGCCCCAAACACUCUGGUCUGGUGGGAGGAGAGGACGGCAAGGAGGAGGGGAGAAGGGGAGGGAGACUGAGAGGAGAUGAAGUUCCUAACCCCCCUGUCCCUCAUCCUGUCCCCAACCCAGUGGAGGCCCUGAGCCUCCGUCACAUCAGACUACAGCAGCUGGAGGAGUCAUCACACCAGUUAGUUGAUGUGAAGGAGGUGUCCCGGGCCCUGCAGCUGAACCAGGAGACAGUCCACUUCAUGUAUCAGUACUGGAAGCUGAAAUGCCAAGCCAAUCACAGCCAGCCAUUGACUAACUCCUAACC